CGUGAUUCGGCCGAAAGCGGCGUCGGUGGUGUAGUGGUAAGCGUGGUUGCCUCUCACCCCAGUCGGUCUAGGUUCAAUCCUAGUCGACGCCGUCGGUAUUUCUGAGACAAAAAUAUCUGAUCACGCCUUCCCUCGGAUAGGAAGUAAAGCCGUAGGUCCCGGCCCAUGUGUUGAUGGGUUCGAUAUGUAGGGUGUCAGGUGUGUGUGGAGUGGAUGUCUCCCUGACCGUCCGUGUUUAGGCUUAGUACCAGAAAUAGGCGGACGUUAAACUAGAGCUGAUGCCGAACGGUGUCGGCUCGCCAGAAAUAAGAAGAAGAAGAUUCGGCCGAAUUUAGCCGGCAAUUUUGAGUUUUCCUAAAAAUUGUGAAAAGUUAGUGAAAAUUGUGGUAAUUCUCCGCAUAAGCCUUCACAAUUGUUCGAUUAGCGUAUUUUCAACUGCUGCAGAAUAAAAUCAAAGCAAUGACGGUGAUAACGCUUAUCUCGUCCAACAAAUGCUUCGGCGGGUUGCAAAAAAUCUACUCGCACAAGUCCAAGGAGCUGGACUGUGAGAUGAAAUUUGCCAUCUUCCUGCCGGCAGCGGCAGCUGAUGAAAAACUUCCGGUCGUGUACUGGCUCAGCGGAUUGACCUGCAACGAGACCAACUUUAUCCAAAAGGCUGGAGCCCAGCGUUAUGCCUCGGAGCAGGGCUUGAUUGUGGUCUGCCCGGACACUUCGCCGCGGGGCGUCAAUUUGCCCGGGGAGGAUGAUUCGUGGGAUUUUGGCAGCGGGGCCGGGUUCUACGUGGAUGCUACCAAGGAUCCCUGGAGCAAGCAUUACAAGAUGUUUAGCUACGUGACCCAGGAGCUUAUCGACGUGAUUAACAAUAACUUCCCGACCGUGCCGGACAAGCAGAGCAUCAUGGGACACAGCAUGGGCGGGCAUGGGGCGCUGAUUUGUGCGCUGAAGAACCCUGGUCUGUACAAAUCGGUUUCGGCUUUUGCUCCGAUUAGCAAUCCGACCAAGUGUCCCUGGGGUCUGAAGGCCUUCGGAGGAUACUUCGGCGAGGAAAGCAAGGACGAAUGGAAGAACUGGGAUGCAUCGGAGUUGGUUGCUGGAUAUAAUGGACCGCCGUUGGAACUGUACGUGGACCAGGGAUCGGAGGACAGUUUCCUGAAGGAUGGUCAACUGCUGCCCAACAAUCUGGUGGAGGCGUGUAAGGUCGCCCAGUUCCCGUGCGUGUUGAACAUGCGUGAAGGGUACGACCACAGCUACUUCUACAUCGCGUCCUUCAUUGGGGAGCACCUGGCUUAUCAUGCUAGACACUUGAAGUGAACUUGGAAUGUUUUUUUUUUGUCAAUUGAAUAUUGAAGGUAUCUGAAAGUACGAUUUAAUAAUUUGAAGCAUUUAUUUUGUAAA